GUUCCUAGGUCCAGUUAAAUCUAUUAUUAUUUAUAGCUUUGCCCAACCAAUUGUAAAAAUUGUCACCAAAUUGACACCACAGAAAGAAGUCGCUGCAAAUUAUACCGUCGGUCUUUCUUUCAGAGCUAUGGCCCGCCUGGUGGAGAACAACCCUCAGUUGCGGAUCGCGCCGGACGCGGUGGUCUGCUCUGAGUGUGAGCUGGUCGGCGACGUCACCAUCGGGCCUCGCUCAGUGGUCCACACUCGGGCACGCAUCGUGGCCGAGGGCGGCCCGAUAGUGCUCGGCUCCGCCAACCUUGUGGAGGAGCAGGCGCAGAUCAUCAACCGACUGCCUCCCGGCGAGACCUACUCGGCCGAGCGAGUGAUGCGCAUUGGCAGUAACAACGUGUUCGAGGUGGACUGCCGCUGCGAGGCGCUCUCGGUCGGUGAUAACAACGUGCUGGAGUGUAAGAGCCAGGUGGGUACCGAGACGGCCAUCAGUAAUGGCUGCGUGGUGGGCGCCAUGUGCCGGCUCUCCAACCAAGAGACGCUGCCGGAGAACACGGUAGUGUUUGGUCAGGAUAACAGACGCCGCGUGCAGGCCGAGCGACCCGCGCCCCAGGCGCUGCAGCUCGACUUUCUCAAGAAGGUGCUGCCCAACUACCACUACCUGGCCGUCACGAGCAACAAGUAGUGGGAGUGAGGCGGUAGGUGGCUCGCGCUCUGCCUGCCUCCUGGACGGGCAGAGAAUAGGGAGCAGGGAACUAUCUGCGACUGAUAUUUAUCGGCUAAUGGCAUGGCGAAGACUGGAUUUAUUUUUAUUUAGGCGUUGCACCCCUUCCAAACGCUUCCAUUGCAACGUGAAGAUGUGAUCCAGGACGAGGAAUUACGAUUUCCUGGGAUUUUAUCUUUCCGUAGUUCGGUAUCUAUUGCAAACCAGUGCACUGCUUCGUGAACUAUGGGUGAGUGAUACUACCAAAAAUGUUUCCACGUGACCGCGCACCGGCACCAUGUAUGCCACGCAAGUCAGCCUGAGACACUGCCCAUGUGGCCUGACUGCUUCCACGCGGUUAUGGUAGGACCUCGGUUGUGUUUCGCGAUUCGUCAACUGCUUGUCGAUGGGCCCGCAUCAAAUGCGUGCCUGCUUCUUCUAGGGAUGUGAUGUGUUAACUUAUGAAUGGUUGAGAUGAAUGUCCUCUACAGAAAGGCUCUUAUCUAUUAUUGCUCCGCAUCGUCAAAGAAGACUUCGACAAAGAAUCGAUAAAAGAGCGUUUUUGGAUGGCGUUCUUGUGACCGUAGCAUUAUCAUCUGCCUGUGGGGGAUAUGUUGCGUGCACCAAUCAGUCGAAUACGAUACAGUAAAAGUUUGUGACGUUUUGCGCUUCUUCAAUGGAUUACUAGUUUGCUAAGAUAUGUGCACUGUGCAGUUAUGUUCACUGUAUGUGUUUGCAAACGCUGGUGCGUUUUGAAUAAUACACGUGACGAUAUAGGUA